AUGACGACAGAUCAGCUUCAACAACACUCGCUUUGGUGGACGGGACCACCGUGGCUCACGCAAUCGCAGAACGCAUGGCCCAAGCAGACCAGUGUCGACGCAGACGAGUUGGGCGCCCCUGAAGCUCGUGCUGUCGUUUCACUUCACACGGCAAACGCAGCAAAAGAAUAUUCAUGGGAAUUGAUCUAUAAAUAUUCUUCUUUUCAUAGAUUACUCAGAAUUACCGCUCUUUGCCUCAAAUUCGUGGACAAGCUGUUCAAACGACACGACGCUUCGCCCACGCCUUUCAUCUCAGCAGCUGAUAUGGAAAGGGCCAGAAUCUACUGGAUUCAGGCCACGCAGUCUACGUUCUUCAAAGACGAACUCGCUGCACUCGCCAAAGGAACAACGCUUCCGUCGACGCAUCCGUUCGCGAGGCUCACUGCUUACCUCGAUCAUCAAGGAAUCGCCAGGAUAGGAGGACGCCUCCAACAUUCAGAACUCUCGCACGAUGGCAAACACCCUGUCAUUUUGCCUCGUGAUUCGAGACUCUCAACGCUUCUCAUCGACCACGCCCAUCGUCAGACAAUGCACGGAGGUACGCAGUCCACUCUUGCCUUUCUCAGACAACGCUACUGGAUCAUCGGUGGACGAGCUCCAGUGAAAACGCAUAUCCUGAGGUGCGUGAAGUGUGCUCGGCAGAGGGGAAUCCGUGCCCAUCAACUGAUGGGCCAACUACCACUUUGUCGGGUCACUCCAUCGCGCCCGUUCACCCACACUGGGGUGGACUAUGCAGAACCGCUCAAGCUGGAAACGUGGAAGGGCAGAGGAGCCAAGACGCAGAAAGGGUGGAUUUGCGUAUUCGUGUGCUUCGCAACCUCCGCUGUGCACUUGGAAGUUGUUUCGGACGACUCUACAGACGCUUUCAUCGCAUCUUAUAGCAGAUUUACCUCAAGAAGGGGCAUUGCAGCCGCUCUCUAUUCAGACUGCGGCACCAACUUCCAAGGAGCAGACACGCAACUAAAGAAGCAGUUCACGCAGAGCACACAGGAAAAUCCGCACAUCGCAGCACUGCUCGCUGAGAAUGGAACUCAGUGGCAUUUCAACCCUCCUGCCGCUCCACACAUGGGUGGAAAAUGGGAAGCGGUUGUAAAAUCACUCAAGUUUCAUCUCACGAGGACAGUUGGGGACGCUUUACUGACGUACGAGGAAUCAGUAACAUUGCUUGCGCAGAUAGAAGCGAUCUUCAACUCAAGGCCACUGGAACCACUCAGCGACGAUCCUGACGACGUCUCAGCCCUCUCACCAGGACACUUCUUGAUUGGAUCGCAGAUCAACGCAGUGCCAGAGCCCACGCUUCUAAACGUCGCAGUCAACCGUUUGUCAAGGUGGCAAUUUCUGCAGCAGCGCCUCCAACAUUUUUGGAGACUCUGGUCCACGCAGUACCUGCAACGACUCCAGGCAAUUUCGAAGUGGCACCAUCCAUCUAAUGAGAUCAAGGUAGGCACUCUUGUUCUUAUUACUGACAAACGCUUGCCUCCAGGGAAAUGGCCCAUGGCGCGGGUUCUCAGACUCCUGCCAGGCAAGGACGGAUUGACCAGAGUCGUCGAACUCAAGACGGCCACCACGACGCUAACGCGGCCCAUCGCCAAGCUGGCCAUUCUUCAUCAGCCCUCUCAGGACAGCUCGGACACGCAGACCACAUCACCGACCAGUCGCUGA